CUCCGGCUGACGCUUCGCGCGUACCCGUAAGUGGCUGCAAAGAUGGCGGCGCACAUCUCCCUCACACAGCUCUCCAGUGGCAAUCCGUUAUAUGAAACGUACUACAAACAGGUUGACCCAACGUACACUGGUAGAGUGGGGCCAGCAGAAGCAGCACUCUUCCUCAAAAAGUCUGCCUUGUCAGAUGUCAUUCUUGGGAAGAUUUGGGACCUGGCUGAUCCUGAUGGGAAAGGUUACUUGGACAAACAGGGUUUCUAUGUUGCUUUGAGGCUGGUGGCCGGUGUGCAAAGUGGGCAUGAAGUUAGUCUGGCCAGUUUAAGUGUUCCAGUGCCACCUCCCAAAUUUAGUGAUACCAGCAGCCCCCUUUUGAUCACCCCUCCUCCUGUUGAAGGUCAUUGGUCAGUUCGGAUAGAAGAGAAAUCCAAGUUUGAUGGAAUAUUCGAUAGUUUAUUGCCAGUGAAUGGCUUACUGUCUGGGGACAAGGUGAAACCGGUACUUAUGAACUCCAAACUACCUCUGGAUAUUUUAGGAAGGGUAUGGGAACUGAGUGACAUAGACAAGGAUGGACACUUGGACAGGGAUGAGUUUGCAGUGGCAAUGCAUCUUGUAUAUAGAGCUUUAGAGAAGGAGCCGGUUCCAACGGUUUUACCACAGUCAUUAAUCCCCCCAUCCAAAAGGAAGAAAACGCCUACAUUUCCCGGUGCUGUACCUGUCCUUCCUGCCAGCCCCCCUCCAAAGGAUAGUCUUCGUUCCACUCCAUCUCACGGCAGCAUGAGCAGCUUAAACAGUGCGGGGAGCUUGUCACCUAAGCAUUCAUCUAAACCCAGUCAGCCUGCUGUAAAUUGGGUGGUUCCUCUGACAGACAAGAUACGUUACGAUGACAUUUUUCUCCAGACUGACUUGGACAUGGAUGGUUAUGUGAGCGGACUUGAAGUUAAAGAUAUAUUCAUGCAGUCUGGACUUCCUCAGAAUAUCUUGGCGCACAUUUGGGCACUUGCUGAUACCAGGCAGAUGGGAAAGCUAAAUAAAGACCAGUUUGCUCUGGCUAUGUACCUCAUUCAGCAGAAAGUCAGCAAAGGAAUCGAUCCACCACAAGUGUUGCAUCCUGAUAUGAUUCCACCAGCAGAAAGGAACACUUCUGUGCAGUAUCCCAUGAAAGCAGCUUGUGUUUUUCAUGUAACAGACAGUUCCAGUUCUGUCGGUUCUGGAGAUUUCACUGGUGUGAAAGAACUAGAUGACAUCAGCCAGGAGAUAGCCCUGUUACAAAGAGAAAAAUUUGCUUUGGAACAGGACAUCAGAGAGAAGGAAGAGGCCAUUAGACAGAAAAGCACAGAGGUACAGGAACUACAAAAUGAUUUAGACCGUGAGACCUCAACACUACAGGAACUUGAAGCACAAAAGCAGGAUGCACAGGACCGACUGGAAGAAAUGGACCAACAAAAAGCUAAACUAAAAGACAUGCUGAAUGAUGUCAGGCAAAAGUGCCAGGAGGAAGGACAAAUGAUCUCCUCGCUAAAGUUACAGAUUCAGUCCCAAGAAUCAGAUGUACAGGCACAGGAGGAGGAACUUAAUAGGGCCAAAUCAGAGCUGAACAGGUUACAGCAAGAAGAGAGUCAGCUGGAGCAGAGUAUCCAGGCGGGCAAGAUUCAGCUAGAGACCAUUAUAAAGUCAUUGAAAUCAACACAGGAAGAAAUCAAUCAGGCCCGAAGUAAGUUGUCCCAGCUUCAGGAGAGUCAUCAGGAAAUGAACAAGACCAUAGAGCAAUACAACAAUGCACUCAACGGAGAUCACGGCGGAAGUCUGAAUAACCUACCAGAUGUUGAUUCCUAUUCCUCAAGCGAGAGGCUGGAGCUUUCCACAGCAGCGGACGAUCCGUUCAAGAACAAAGCUCUUUUGUUUAAUAACAGCAGCAGUCAGGACAUUUAUUCUGAUCCGUUCCAAACCGAGGAUCCCUUCACGGCUGAUCCAUUCAAAGGAACUGACCCAUUCAAGAGCAAUCCUUUUGGUGAUGACCCAUUUAAGGAAAGCGACCCAUUUCAUGCUCCUACUUCAGAUGACCCUUUCCAGAAGCCCGGUAAAGGCGACCCUUUUUCUACUGACCCCUUCACUAAGAAUAAUGUCCAUUCGAUGACAUUGCCUUUAAAGUCUGAUCCUUUUGAGAGCAGAGAUCCUUUCUCCUCGUCAACGCUGCCAAAGAAAGAACCAGACCCUUUUGGGACACUGGAUCCUUUUGGAAGUAGUGCUUUCAGCAGCAAUGAAAGUUUUGCAGAUUUUAGCCACAUGUCCAAGCAUCAAACGCCAGAUCCAUUUGCUGCCACUUUCCCAAGUUCAGGAUUUUCUGAAGACCCAUUUAAAAGCAAGCAUGAUAUGCCAGCACUGCCACCCAAAAGAAGCGUCCCUCCACGGCCAAAGCCUCCAGGUGGUAAGAAUACUCCGGUCAGUCAGCUGAGUUCAACACAUUUUCAGAAGUCCAGUGAUCCCUUCCAGCCAUUUGGGACAGAACCAGGGGAUCCUUUUCAGAGCAGAAAGGCGUUUACGGACCCCUUCAGUGGGAAAGACCCAUUUGCCACCUCACAACCAGGGAAGCACUCUAAGGGAACAUCUGCUGGGUUUGCAAACUUUGGCUCUUUUGGGAACGAGGAGCAGCAGCUAGCGUGGGCCAAACGAGAAAGUCAACGGGCAGAGAAGGAAAGACUAGACCGUUUAAAGCGCCAGGAACAAGAAGAUCUGGAGUUAGCAAUUGCUCUCAGCAAAGCAGAAAUGCCCAGCUCUUGAGAACUGCACCCAUACCUCUCUUGUCUAUGUGACAUUAUGCCAACUAUAUGACAACUUUACUCUGAAAAAAAAAAAAAAAAAACCUAGAGAGGGAAUGCUGAAUCCACCAUCUGUUUCGACAUCCUAAUUUGUCAACUAGUCUUUCACUGGGAACCA